GCUCGUCCUCUGUUUUAAAUGCUCAUCCCCUUUCACCCCGAGAAAUUCAAAUUUCACUCUUCCCGGCAAAACUUGAGCGAUGGAGGAAGAAUCGCUUGAAGACGGAUUCGGCUUUCGAAGCAGCAGAUCUGAUGGCAUGGAAUCUGUUGUUGCUUCAGUUAGUGGGUACCACGGUAUGGAGCGUUUUAAACUCAUCAAGCUUAUUACCCAAACCGGUGCGAACUAUGUAGGGACAAUGACAAGAUCAACAACGCAUUUGGUAUGUUGGAAAUUCGAAGGAAGGAAAUAUGAACUGGCUAAGGAACUCGGAACUAUAAUAGUUAGCCAUCGUUGGUUUGAGAAUUGUGCUAAGAAAAGGAAACGCCUUCCAGAGCGUCCUUAUAUCAUGCAGAGUGGGCAACAAGUAGGGCCCUUAUUAUGGGAUCUGUCAGUUGGAGAGAAAGAAAGUUUCUCAGCUGGAAAGAAUGGUAAAGUUCUUCAUGAUCGGUCCAAUAAACAGACGGAUACUGUACAAGAGACUGAUGUGGGUUGUACAGAUGUUGGGGAAGUUACAUGGGUUGAUUCCCAUUUGUUAAAUGAGUGUGGGACGAACUAUAGGGGUUCCUAUAAAAACAAGGGAAGCACAACACAAAAAACAAGGAAGAAACAAUGGAAGUUGACGAGUAACAAGUGUUCUCUCGAUCCACAAGUAUCUGGAGUAGUCAGAGUUCAGAAUGCAGAGUCUACUUCCCAUUCCUCUAUGCCUUCUGGGAGCCACAAAAGAAAUGUUUGCAGUGCUGUUGAAAGCACUAGUAGUGCUGAGCCUAGUAGGAAGGGUCGAAGACUUUUGAAAAAGGAGGCCUCAAGUGACUCUUCUGUAUUGAAAUGUGAGCAAGAGUUUUCCCCUCCCAGAGCUGCUAAUCCACUAAAUAAUAUUAAUGCUGCAUCUGAUGUUCUAAAUACUAUGAAGAAUGAGAUUGAUCAAGCAUCAAUUGAUGCUGCAUAUGAUGAUUCAAAUGAUUUGAGGAAUGAGAAUGACCAUACUGCAAUUCAAGAGGAUUGGUUACAUGAAUAUCAAGAAUUUAGAAAUGAAGGACUGGAAGAAGUUGAAGGGAUGCCAGAGUCUAAUAACCGAGGUCUUUCUGACAAUUCAGAUAGAUUGGACGAAGAUGGAAUUCUUUCCCAUGAAAGGACUUUGGAGAAUGGUCUUUGUGACUUUGAGGAGGAUAUGAGUGGAGAAUUGGGAGAUGCUGUUGAGAUGAGAGAAUUAACUGAUUUGCCUGCUUCAACAGAGUUAUCUUGUGUUAUAUGUUGGACAGAUUUCAGUUCAACAAGGGGUGUUUUACAAUGUGGACAUCGGUUCUGUUAUCCAUGCAUUCAGGCCUGGGCUGAUCAUAUGGUUUCAAGUAGAAAGGUUGCAACAUGCCCUUUGUGCAAGACUAGAUUUAUGAGCAUUACAAAGGUGGACUAUGCUGCUUCUUCUGACCAAAAAAUAUAUUCACAAACUAUUCCAUAUUCUUCACCAGCAACAGAUGUUUUCGUGCUUCCUGUUCAGGAAACUUUCAGUUUUAGAGGCCAGAGAUAUUAAAUGGGUUUUCUCUAUUGGUUAGUCACUGCCUUUGACCAAAACAUGGUUUUGAUCUGACCAGCAGAAUGGAAGAAAUUGGUAGAUUGAAUUUUCAGGAAUCACCAGUUUCUAUUUCUGAACAUUUUCUGUGGCAGAGUAUCCAGCCAUUGGAUCACCAUCAUAUUUUGGGAGUUUUGACCUGCUAUCUAUGGUCCCUAGUUGACCAGAAAUUGAUUGUCAUCAGAUUUCAUGAUCAUAAGGAUCCAUUAAUUUGGUAUAAGAACCAUAGUCGAGGAUAACCCUCCUAUCCCAAAUUCUAAUGCACAAGUGAUUGAGAUAUUGAAGCAGUUGAUCGAAUGACAAUAAUACUGCAACGUAUUGAUUCUGCAGCUACAUAUUAUGCAUUUCCUAGGAUUGAUAUUACUACAAAGAAGGUGAAGCUGGCAAUUACUUACUUUGUUGGACAGGCGAAUCCAUGCUUAUUCCUUGAUUGGUUAUAUUCUUUAGAUAAAUAUUUUGAUUGGUACAACUUUACAAAGGAGUGGAAGCUUAGAUUUUCUUACUUGUGAUUGAUUGGUUUUGUUAAAGAAUGGUGUGGAAUCCAAGAAGAGAGGCUUAUAGUUGGAAGACAUAAACUUAGGACUUGAGAAAAGAUGAAGACGAGUUGAAAAACAAGAACCUACUAGAACAUAUCCAAAGAAAGCUUUUCUUUGAUAAGAUUACGACUAAAAGACAUUUAAAGCUGAAGAGAACUUGCAGUAGCCAUCCUUAAAGUCCAGUUCGCAAGUUGGAGAGUGUUGGAAGUUUGACACCAACAAUGUUAAGGUGAAGGUUGAACUCAGAGUUACACUACCAUAUGAAAUUGAGAGAGCACUAGUCAAAAGGUUUUAAAACUCGGGAUCGGUUAAGGACGAUACUGUACCAAUACCGAUCUGGAUUGGAUUGGAUUGGACUGUAUCGUACAGAUCUACCCAUGUUUUAAAAAAAAAACAGUUUUUAUUACGAUUUUUCCCUUAUACCAUACAUGUGUAUUGGGAUUGGAGCAGGAUCGGGAUCGGUCAAGGCUGAUACACUUCAAUCUGGUUGAUUUUGACCAAUCCGAUCCGAGUUUUAGAACCAUGCCAAUUAAAGAAAAGGAGCCUGGAGUUGGAGAUAAAGCGGGAGUUAUUAUAGUGAAUAAUGAUGAUAGAGAAGAUUAAAAUAGAGAUUUGCUUGAAGCUCGAAAGGUGGUAGAUCAAUAGGUAAAAUAUUCUAUUAAAGAGGUCUACAUUGAAGAAAUUAAAGUAGAUAGAACAAUACGAUAAGAGGUAGUGGUCAAGAAAAAUCUACAAAAAAAUCUUUAACAUUCAUGAUGUUCUUGUCUUCUUGAAGAUGUAGAGUUUGUUCCUCAGUUCUUUGAUGAGAAGGCUCCCAAAGUUGACGACUCUAUGGAGCAUGGAUAAGACAUUCACGAUUGAUAUUGAUUCAGAGGUUGAGAACAUUGAGUUUGUCAUGCCGCCAAAAUUCUUUGAAGAGAAAGCUCUGCACCUCAAAGAAUAUAUUCCCAGCUUCCAAGAGCAGCCAAAAUUUUGCUAUGGGCUUAAAUAGGAUAUCCACUGCACAAAGUCGAUUCCUCAGGUUUCUAAAACUUGAGUUCAAGUUUUUUUUUUUUAGAUGGGGAGAAUUGAUGCUAAUCAUAGGCUGUGGUAGAAGAAGAAUUUUCGGAAUUGGAUUUGGUUCAAUUUUUUUGGUCAAAUUGAAUGCACAAUUUGACAAGUUAGGCCCAAAUUUAAGUCCCCAAUAGCUUAUAUGAGUGGUGGGUUAAGUAAUUUUGAGUUUUCUAUUGUAACAUACCAUUCUAUAAGCCUAAAUGGGAGGAACUUUGGGGCCUACAAGAAAAUAUUCUAUUUUAUAUUUUUUCAAUUUUUAAUAUUAGGAACUUUCUAUUUUUAAUUUGCUUAUGUAAAAAGGAAACUGUUGUUCUCAGGUUGGCAUAGAGAGGGGAGGGGUGAAUAAGUGUCCCCACAAAAGUUUUCUUUAAAAGCUUUGUCCUUUGAUUCAGCUGAUUACUGUGAUUGGUUGUGUAGUUUGUCAAACGUUUAAAGCAAGAUUGACCUGCACUCGCCAUCAUUAUCAAUCACAUUCAGAUCGUAUGCAACCCUGCCUUGCUACCACAUAGUGGCCAGACCUACCAGGGUAUACACACCCACUCUGCCAUCACCACACUUUCAAAUAUCCAAAGAAAAAUAGUUACAAGAGAGAUGCAAUUGUAACGUGGUUUGGCCAAGAUGCCUACGUCCAUGGAGCACUAGCUUGAUCAAGAUUCGUAUGAUGCUCAAUACACUUCUCAAGUUUGGCCGCUAUAACAACUCAGGAGCACCCACUCCUGCUUCAAUUCUUGCUAGGACAAGAGCAAGGGGCACAACCCCAGACCCUAACAGGCUAUUACAAUUGGAAGUUAGAGAUAUUAGGGUUAGAGAUGAGAGAAAAAGAGAAGAGAGUAAGGAAAAAGGAGAGAAGUUGAGAGGAGAAAGAGAUAAAAGAGGGAAAAUCGUGGGAGAGCAUUUUGCACUUCCCACCUAUAUUAGGUUCAAACUAAUAACUUAGGGAAAUUACAUAAUCCUCCCUAGGGAGGCAAAAGAGAGGAAAAAAAAAAUCUUAGGACAACUUAACAUAAAAACAAUUUCUAAAGUACCAUCAUUACAUAAACGCCAACACUCCCCCUCAAGCUGGAGAAUAAAUGUCAUACAUUCCCAACUUGCCUAAGAGAGUACUAAACUAGUGAGGAAUGAGUCAUUCGGUGAAGAUGUCUACCAAUUGAUCACCUAUCUUCACAAAAGAUGUCCAAAUGUUGCCAGAGUCAAUCUUUUCUUUGAUGAAAUAUCGGUUUACUUCAGUGUGCUUUGUUAUAUCAUGUUGCAUUGAGUUAUGGGCAAUGCUUAUAAUUGCUUUAUUCUCACAGUAGAGGUUGUAGUUUCCCAUUUCUGGUAACCUAGAACAGCGGCAUUAGGAGCCUUGAUAGCCCUAGUAAUGUACCCUAGCUUCCCUCUGUUCCACAAGAAUAGCUUCACAGAUUGUGACAAAUCCAAAUAGUUGGUACUAUUUAACUUUAGAAGAGAAAUCUGAGUAUUGGGAUUAUAGAGACAAUCGAAUUGGGAUUGCUGUUACGACCCACCCGAUGUAGCUUCUGUAAGUUUUGUGAGAUUAGACAUGAUGGAAGGAUGCCCUUAAAAGCAACACAAAUAAGAUCCAAACCAAAAGGGAAACACAAGUCCCCAAUAUCUUUCUCAGAAUUAAAAAAAAAAAAAAAAAAAAAAAAAAAAAG